AUGGAUAUCUCAUCUGACAGAUGGUUUUCGGAUCUGGGAAUGGAUGAUUACAACUUCAUCGAUCCAUGUCAUGUGAACUCUCUUGACGAGUUCACCACGCAACACAUAACAACUGCACUUAGAGAGGACCUCCGGGCCCCGUCUUUAUCUUCUGAUCACGAGAGCUAUUCCUCUUAUCCCACUUUAAAUCCUGAAACCACCAGCACUACCUUUAGUGCUUCAUCCAUCGAAACUCAUUACGCCAGCUUUGGGAGGCCUGCAAAACAGCUCAAGACUAACAGUUGGAGCUCUGAUACCAAACAGCAUGUUAUUCCAAAACCUCCUCCGUCUUCUUCUUCUUCCCUCCUUUCUUUCAUGAAUAAUGGUUCACCGCCUGCUGUUAACACUCAUCAGUAUUAUGGAGACUGCACCAUGAAGCCGAAGGAUGAGGUAGUAUCUCAUGGAAAUGUGAACUUCCCUUCUCAAAUUUCUAAGGGUUCCUAUGAGAACCAAAACUAUGUCCCAAAGGCCAACCAGGGAACUAAGAGGGUUACCCCAAUGAGAAGAACUUCUUCACAUGCUCAAGAUCACAUAAUGGCAGAGAGAAAGCGGAGGGAAAAACUCAGCCAGCGCUUCAUAGCUCUUUCAGCCCUUGUUCCUGGUCUGAAGAAGAUGGACAAAGCUUCAGUUCUUGGAGAUGCUAUCAAGUACCUGAAGCAACUUCAAGAGCGUGUGAAAUCACUGGAGGAACAAAUGAAGGAAACCACUGUGGAAUCAGUGGUUUUUAUAAAGAAGUCUCAGCUCUCUGCUGACGAUGAGACCUCUUCAUGUGAUGAGAACUUCGAUGGCUGCAGAGAGGACGCAGUCAGAGAUAUUGAGGCACGAGUUUCAGAUAAGAAUGUCCUCAUCAGGAUUCACUGCAAGAAACAGAAAGGAUUUGUAGCCAAAGUUCUAGGUGAAAUAGAGGAGCAUCAUCUAUCUGUUGUCAACAGCAGUGUGUUGCCAUUUGGGAAACAUGCCAUGGAUAUAACUGUUGUUGCUCAGAUGGGUGAUGAGUUCCAGGUGACAGUGAAGGAUCUCGUGAAUAACCUACGACUGGCUUUUCUAAAGUUCAUGUAAUAUGGAAUACAAAGCUCCGUUGGUAGAUGAAAAACUGGGAGCAAUCUCAAGCUACAUGAUCUAGCUAGUUAAUUUGCAUCUCCUAAUCUUUUCAUAUGUCACUUCUGCGAGAAACCUAGCCCCAAAAUCCCUUUCUUUAGUUGGACCAUCCGACCUUCUCACAGUUGUUUGAGGUUUAAUUUGCUGGUGGGUUUUGAGUUUUUUUUUUUCUUUUUCUUUUUGCAUGGUCGACCACCACGUUUAGUUACCCAAAUGUUGUAAAGCCUGAAUUCUCUGUUUGGACGGUUGCUUCUUAGGGUUUUUGAGAGGGAACGGGCUCUCUCUUUUAGUCUUUUAGACGUUAUC